AUGUUGCUGCCUAAUUCGGUGGCCAAGAAGGCAGCAUUGGCCCUACUCAUGGUCGAUGCUGUGCUUGGCGAUCCUCUAGCCACUGUCGACCCUUGCCCAGGUGCCGACAAGCUGUCUCUGGCACCCAUCACGGUCACUGCCCAAUACCAGCCGGUCUCGACAUGCCAGCCAACGACUGCUUGUGUCAAGGGCAAAUGCUCAACCGCAUAUCCCUUCACCACCUACCCUUGGGUGUCCACGGUCGUCCCGUAUGCGUGGAACGGAACAACCUCCCAGAGCACCACCGUCACUGCUGUUGACGCCACAUUGGUGGUUUCGGAGCAUCUCGAGACACUGACAACCAUCACCGCCGCCCCAACCGCCAACAAACGUAGUUGGGCCGAUUGGUCCAACAAGAAGCCCGAGCAGGACACAACCACCAUUUACGAAACGGUUUCUCGACGAGCUCUGGUUCCCUUCAAGGAAGCUGGUCCUCUGUGUAUCCCAGGUUGGGAAGGCAGUGGUCUCUGCAAGAAGUGCCAGAAGCAACCUGAUGGCAGCCGGUACCAACUUGUGGACGUCGUUGAAUGUCGCUCUGGCACCAGCAAAUCCGGCAAAGAAUGGAAGAGAUGCUCGGAGUGGUACGAGACGGUCAUUGAAAGACCAGCUCCUACUUCGACUGUCACCGCCAGCGCUCUUUGCUCGAGCAAAGGAAGUGUCCCAUCCGCUGGCACUUAUACCUGGACCUUCCCCCAGACCGCGCCUCCUGUGACCAUCACUGCCCCGCCGAGGACUGUCACAGUUACCAUCCAUGGUGAAAAGACUAUUUCGGUUGAGGAAGAGCACGUUUACACCAUCCCAGGAAAGUCAUGGGACGCUUGUGUGACCAAGUCUUUCUCUAAGGCCACGACAUUCAACUUCAACAUCGAAAUUACCAAGGUCAUCAUCUUUGAAAUCCCUCGCUCCACGCAGCCCGCCAAGAGCUCUCAUGUCAUUCCUGUUCCAACUGGGUCGAACUCCGGCCAUGGUUGGUGGCCAUUGCCAGACACGGACAACAAUGGUCAGCCCAACUAUGGCGGUGGCAAAGGAUGGGCUGAUUGGACUCCGGCACCGGUUCCUUCCACUACAUCAACCGAUACUACCGGUCCUAUUGGAUUCACCACGUCUUCGUCAUCUUUGGUCACUUCUACCACCACUGCUGUUGACAGCCCGAUCAUGUUCACCACAACCAGCACCACGACUUCCUCUGGUGGUGACACUGGUCCUAUCGGUCAGGGCACUACAACUACGAGCACCACGAGCAUGGGCACCGGUGAUGAUGGCAUUGGUCAAUCAAGAACCACCAGCUCGUUGACGACCACUUCGUCCACAUCAAACGGCGGCGACACUGGCCCUAUCGGCGGAUCUGCCACCACCACUUCAUCCACGACAUCUGGUGGUGACACUGGCCCAAUUGGUGCGUCCACUACGACAACUGCUUUGUCCACUACGUCUGGUGGCGAUACUGGCCCAAUUGGUGCGUCCACCACGACAACUGCUUCGUCCACUUCGUCUGGUGGUGACACUGGCCCAAUUGGCGGUUCUACGACAGCCACCAGCUCGACAAGCACAUCCAGCGGCAACGGUGUUGGUCCCAUAGGUGGAUCCACUACAGCCUCGAGCUCGUCAGCCACAUCUAGCGGCAAUGGUGUUGGACCCAUCGGGGGAUCCAGCACGGCCUCGAGCUCGUCAACCACAUCUAGCGGCAAUGGUGUUGGUCCCAUCGGCGGCUCUACCACGGCCACAAGCUCGACCAGCACAUCCAGCGGUGACAACGUUGGCCCGAUUGGCGGAUCGACCACCGGGGCUUCGUCCUUGACGUCGACCAGCUCUUCGUCCGCCCCUGCCACGACCACAUCGGGAAGUGCUCCUAUUUGCAACCUGAAUGCCAACAUCUGCCUCGAUUCUCAAUUGGUUACUGCCAACGUUGUCUCGACCGUGACCUGCCCCUUGCUAGGUGGCCUCUUGUGUACCGUGAAUGACUUGUUGAAUCUGGUCCCGACGCUACUCGGUGGUAACCCCAACGUGGCAUCAGUCCUCAUCGGGAACAAUGAGGUUAUCGGUCUGUCUAUCACGCCCGAGGAAGUUAAUGCGGCUAUCAACGCCGGCGGCUUGAAUGCUCUCUGCGGUGUUUUGCCCACUGUCAGUGUCAUCAUUAACGACCCUACUUGCCCGAUUGGAGGUGGUCAGACUACCACCACGUCUGCAUUGACAACGACCACCUCUGAGGUGACGACCACCACCUCGGCUUUGGCCACCACAACUCCGGCGUUGACCACCACGACGGCCAGCACUACCUCUUCUGGACCCGCGACAACCACAACGUCGUCUGCUCCGAUUUGCAACCUGAAUGCCAACAUCUGUCUUGACUCGCAACUCGUCACCGCCAACGUUGUCUCCACGGUUACCUGCCCGCUCCUCGGCGGCCUGCUUUGCUCUGUCAAUGACCUGUUGAACCUUGUGCCUACCUUGCUAGGCGGAAACCCCAACGUUGCUUCGGUUCUCAUCGGCAAUAACGAAGUUCUUGGUCUGUCUAUUACCCCAGAGCAGUUGGCGGCUGCCAUCAAUGCCGGUGGCUUGAACCAAAUUUGCGGUGCGCUGCCUACAGUUAGUGUGAUUAUCAAUGAUCCUACCUGCCCAACCAACCCAAGCCAGAGCUCAACUACCACUUCUUCCACUUCGUCUGCUUUGACCUCAACCACUUUGAGCACAACUCAGGUCACCACUUCCUUCUUGACCACAACGUCGUCCAGCACGACAUCUGCCCCUGCAACCACCACCACUGCUGCAGGACCAGUCUGCAACAUCAACGCCAACAUCUGUCUGGAUUCUCAAUUGAUCACUGCCAACACUGUUGUCACCGAAGCCUGCCCUCUCCUUAGUGGGUUGGUCUGCACAGUUAAUGAUUUGUUGAGCCUUGUGCCUGGAAUCUUGGGUGGUAAUCCCAAUGUUGCUUCCGUGUUGGUCGAGAACAACCAGAUUAUUGGUUUGAGCAUCACUCCUGAACAACUGCAAGCGGCCAUCAAUGCUGGUGAACUGAACACGGUUUGCUCCGCACUUGGGACAACCACGGUUACCAUCUUCGAUCCUACAUGCCCUGAUGUUCCAUCGGGCCAAACAACGACGUCGUCGACCACUGCGGCCGCUGUUUCGACCACUCUGGCGACAUCCACCACCAGCUUGUCUCAAGUCACCACGACCACCAGCAGCGCUGCUGCCACUAGCACCACUGCCGCCCUUCAAUGCGGUAUCCAAGUCACCCUCUGUGCUGGUCAGACUCUUGCAGAUGUCGGUCUCUCGACCGUCACUUGUGACCUCGGUGUUGGUCUUCUCUGCGAUCUCACUCAAACCCUUGAAUCGGUCUUGAACGCUUGUGUUGGCACUUGUGGUGUCAUUGGUCGAACUGGUCUUCUUGGUGUCAACUUGGAAGGUCUUGUUGGAAACACUGACAUUGCUGCCAUCCAAGCCGCUGUUGGUGCUGUUCCUAACUGCGUUCCCUCAGGACCAACCUUGGAUCUCAGCGACCCUGGAUGUCCCAGCACUUUGUUUAGACGAUCUGCCAUUGCCAGACCUCGUCGUUACUAA